AUGACAGUCACUGACCCGUCGCUAUCCAACCUUCUCGAGACUCUCACAAGCUCGCUAGAUGCUGCAACUGCAGCCCUCACAGACAGUGCAGAGCGGUUCAUACCCCCGACAGAUGGCAUCUCUCUGCUGGACAUUAAGAACGAUCUCGUAUUGUCCUACCUACAGAACCUAGCGUUCCUGAUCCUUUUCAAGAUCAAGGAGACCCAGUCGGGCUCAGAUGUCACAGAUGACAGCUAUUACCACGCGACCGUGGAAAGACUGGUGGAGUUGAGGAUAUAUCUUGAACGAGGCGUACGGCCGAUCGAGCAGCGGCUCAAGUACACCAUUGACCAGUAUCUGCAAGCUGCCAAUCACAAGAAGAGCAUAAAUGCCGUUCGGUCGUCGACAGGGCACAUUCGAGACGCAGAUGCAUCUGACGACUCAGGAUCUGAGAUGUCCGAUGGAGAUGCUGGUGCAAGGAUCGAGUCUACUGCCGACGGAGAUACCACGAUUCAUGCACCUCGUCUCGCAGGGGCUAUAGCCGCAUCUAGAACGAAGCCUACGGCACCGAACGCCGCCGCGAAGGCGGGAAUUUAUCGGCCACCUCGACUGAAUCCAACUGCUAUGCCAUCAGCUGAUCCAGAUGCUCGAAGUUCCUCCACACGCCAGCGAAAGUCUCAGUUGAUGAGUGAAUACAUAGAUGAGGAGCUAUCAAGUGCGCCCACAGCACAAGCCUCCAUAGGUGCCAACCAGACUAUCGAUGCGCGCGGUCAUGCUAUCACGUCUGCGCGCGACAUUGCCCGGCAACGCGAGCGUACGGAGUACGAGGAAACAAAUUUCACACGUUUGGCGGGUGAGACGAAGAAGGAGAAGCGUGAGAAGAAACGUCGGGAAGGCAAGCUCGGAGCACGAGAUAUGUUUGGCGGCGAAGACUGGACCGGGUUGGGUGGGAUGGGCGAUCGGAUUGGGCGAAGUGUCGAGGGCAAAGGCCGAGAUAAGGAUAGCGUGCUGAAGAGGAGAGAAAAGCGACGAGCAACCGACGAUCUACCUCGAGGAGAUGGUAUGCAGAUUGGCGACAGCUUUGCGAAGAAGCAGAGAGUGCUCGCCGGUAGAGCAGAUCGAAGAGCCAAUAAGCGUCGCUGA